AUGGCGGGGGCAGGUCCAGCCGACCGCCCCAUCCUACAACGGUCAGGCUCCCCAGAGCACGCCUCCACCGAGUCCGGCCGCUCGCCUCUCUCGGCCCAUGCUCCUUUCCUACACAACCUCUCGCAACGCUUUCGAAGAGGCAGCAACGUCAGCUCGAACACCUCUGACUCUCAGAGCCAGAAUGCGGAGAAGAACGAUGGCACAACUACUGCAAACCCCAAACAGCAAGAAAGGGCACGUGCCGAUGCUUCAAGGGCGGCAAAGAGAUACCUCAUGACCAUCGUACGAAAUGAUUGGGAAUUCCCACCCACAGAAGGCGGGGGACAAGAUCAACAACAGGGACCUGACGCCAGGGAACCUAUAUCCUGGCAGCUACGUGACGAUGGCUCCGAAGAUGAGCUGGAUCGCGCGCAUCCAACGUCACCCACGAAACGGCGCCCUAAGGCCGACCCAUACCGCUUCGAAAACCCCGAUGCGGUAGCAGACUACGUCCGUGAGCGGCAGGUUAAAAGAAGGAAAAUUAUCCACGAGCAGAUGUCUUGGAACCACGGCCUCCGACAUUGGGUUCAGCAGCGCGAUGCGUGGACGGGAGCGGUUUGGAGGGAUUCGGCUGGGGCGCGAAAGCCUGCAUCAGAAAAUCAGGAUGCCAUGGACACCACACUCAGUGCUAUCCUCGGAAAGGCUGACAUUCCGGACUCUGAAACCAACACCAAUGUCGACACCUCGCCUUCGGUCAGUGCCGCCGACAUCAAUGCCGCGACUGCUGUUGGUUUCGCUGCCGCCGCCGAUAGCCACACGCCGGAGGCCUCCGGAGGCACGUCCGUAGACAGUCUCGAGCCGGCAACCACCGCCACUACGGCCGCGACAGACGUAACUUCCACCGGCGUGACUACGGCCAAACCCACCAGUGCCAUCCCCGCAAACGAAAGUGAACCCGAUCCAGAAGCCGAGGGUCCUUAUCUUCCCGUGUACCCGCCGCUGUUCCCUGAAGACAACGUGCUGCGCAGCCGCAUCAACCCCAGCGCGUACGGCACGAUUUACGGCAAGAUCGUGGUGCAGAGCCUGACGCCCAACAUCCCGAUUCCGCUGCCGGACAUGGUACGCGCGCUGGUCAGUGGAUGGAAGAACGAGGGCCAGUGGCCGCCAACGGGGACGGCGCCGGAGGCGGCGCGGAAGGCUGGUAAAGCGACGGCGGGCGCGGGCGGGGCUGGAGGGACAGCAUUUGCGCGGUGGAGGAGGGACAGGGGGCAGAGGAAGGCGAGUGGUUUCGGUGCGGCGGGUGCGUUGGUGGAAGGAGCUGGAUCUGGGAAGGGGGAAGGGGCUGCGGUGGGAGCGAAUGGGCAUAGGGCCCGGAGGAGUAUCAGCAGUGUGGUCAGAAGGGUUUUUGGCACCGAGGCGGAGGAGCGGAGGAGGGAGAGCGAGGUGGGCUUGAGUUUGGGGUUCGAAGAGGAUGACGAGGCGGAGGGACUGGGUGCGAAUGCGAGUGCAGUCGCGGACGUGGAUGCAGAUGCAGAUGGGAAUUCUCGACUAAAUCGGGGGCUGCUUGAUGAGGCCAAGCAGGUGGUGAAGAAUGAGCCAUGA